CAUUCGCGUGGGAUCGCGGAAGGGAGGGAGUGUGACGCAUUCUGCCAAUGCUGCAGCCACUGGGAGGAAGUGAACGGAUUUCGCUCUUCAACCGGCGCAAAGAGUAUUUGUGUGUAGCGUGUAUUUCAACUGACAAUGGGGCGAUUAGUCAUUGCUUUGUUCUUGGAGAUCAUUCUCCUGGCUUUCGGCAUCCAAACAGGCGAGAGCAUUCAUUGUUAUACCUGCAACUCUCGGACAAAUCCUAAAUGUGCAGAUCCAGUAGACAAAAAUGGAUUGGAACCGAUGCAGUGUACUAAAUCUACGUUAGAGGAAGCUUCAGAAACUGUACGAAAAGGCAUUGAGAAUUUGGGCAAUCUUCUGGGAUUCCAAGGGAUUCCUGAGGGGUCUGAUUUGAAACUAGCGUGUCAGAAACUCGCCCUAUCAGAUCACUCGGGAAACAGAGUUACAUUUCGCAGUUGCUCAGUUGCAAGGAGUGAAUCUGUUGAUCCUUGCGCCAUGACAGAUUCUAUGUCUAACUUGUUAAAGGGCCAGGGGAAGGUAGAAUUCUGCGAAACCUGUGAAACUGACCUGUGUAAUGGAUCGAGUCAUCACUCUGUCACCAUAAUGUCCGCCCUUCUGGUGCCUUGUUUUGCCAUCUUCAUCUCACGUUGGGUUGGUGUAUGAACCAAUUCAAUGAUAUCUGCAAGUCUUAACAAUAUUUUUGGGGCGCUUUAUUGAAUCUUGCACCUCACAACUUUAAACUUUGGUUAUGUUUUAUAUUUGUGAGCUACAUCCAAGUGGAUUAGUAAUGGCGUUCAUUACCUCAUUGACUGGAUAUGAGUGCAUUAUUGGCAACAGUAUUUUAGAUGGAGGAGUUGGCCUGCUGAUGCAGUCUAUCUUAUACAAAAAUACAUACACAAUUAUUUUAGUAUUUGGGAACAGCACUUCUCAUGAAAGGGUGUAAUUAUGUUAAAUGUCAUAACUGUAUGUAAGUUCCUUUUAAAUUUCCACACACUCUAGUUACAGGAUUUGUUGCACUUGAAGGUAAUUUGAUUUUAAUUAACCACACUGCUGGCAAGACAUUUGACUUAUUUGAGAAUUAAAUGUGAUUGGUUUAAUAAUUUGAAAAAUUUGAAUUUUUGUUUAAUGUAAUAUGUGUUGUAUGAGACAUCAGUAGCUGUAACAGUAGCUGUUCACGUACAUAAUACUCAGACAUGAGGAGAACAUGAUUAAUUUUAUCAGUCUCUGAUUUUGACUAUACCUCAGAAUCAACAUGUUGGUACAUGUUGAUACCUAUUAUGGCUGUAAAAUUCAAGAUUUGAAACUGUGAAACUAGAGGAAUUUUAUUUUACGUCCUCUUGGUACAUCUGUACAUGAAAUAAAGUAAUCAAAACUAUCUGGUAUACCUAAUGAAUUUUCAUUUUAUUUUCAUAUAUGUUUUUAUUCCAGUACAGUGAUUCCUGGUAAGGCAUAGAUGGAUUAUAUGUUUGGGUUCAUAUUACUUUUACUUUUUCUUCUUGCUGGUGUUUGGCAUGUAAUCCUUGUUUAGGAGUGGCUUAUCUGACCACAACUAUCACUGAGUUACUCUUUACAGUCUUGGUACUUACAGGUCAUACGCAGUGUUAUAAGAAUAACUUCAGAUGUCAGUACAGCCUCAUUAAAUAUCUAAAAAAGCAAGAAGUAUUAAAUCUAAAGAGUAAGCAGUAUCAGCUUCUUAGUUUUAUAGCCAAUAUUAAAGUAUUUUAACCUGUCAAGUAUAUUAAAUUGAUAUUUGGAAACUCUAUGCUUAUAAUCCUCUGUGUAUGGCUCACAUGUUCUCAUAAUUCUGAAUAUAUGAACACCAGUUUUAAUGGGUUUACUAUUUUACCAGCUUCUAUUUCAUAAAAAUAUUAAAGGCUUCUGAUGCUUUGGAUGCUUCAGAUAUCAGUGUUAAAUGAUGAGUGGGUUUAUGUGCAAAUUUAUGUUUAGUAUUUUUUAAGAGAGCCUGUUAUAUGAAUUUUUUAUUGCUUAGUUAACUGUCCAAACACAGUUGUCAUUUUUGUUGUACAUGGAUCAUGUGGAACAAGACAGUUCUUCCACCAGACUUGUGUUUGCUUGCAAGGCGUUGCACAUCUGAAAUAUUUACCAAUGAUAUUUUUGCAUUGAUAUCACCUGUAUAUUGCUUGAUCCUAUUGCUUCAGGCUUGCCUUUCACAAUUUGCUCAGCUUCAAUGGUCAAGCAAGACUCAUAACUAAAUACACACAUGAAUAAACUCUGAAAUUCAGUAAUCCUGUCUUGUAAAUGGAUCCUGCAGGG